AUGAAAAGUAUAUCAUUGCUUCCGGACCCAGAACUGUAAAAUCCCUACUUGCCAACAGAUUUUCAACAGGAAGAAACAAUGCUGUUUUGGAGUACCCGUCCCCUACAAGCGAAAACAACGAAUUGGAAAGAAAAGAGGGCGACGGAAGCAUGAAAAGAGAUUUCGGCAACGUUUCCGUUGCGGAGUGGAAGAAUGCGAGUAGAGCUAUAAGAACGGCAGGGUGGAGCAGUAUUUUUUAUUUGAUUACUACGGAUAUUUUGGGCCCUUUUAGCGUUCCGUGGGUUUUCCAUCCAUAAUUUGGAGGAAAUGAUACUGAUUUGGCUUUCAGAUGGGCUUUUGCUCAGAUGGGGUAUGGGCCAGGUAUUGUUCUGUAUACAGUCUUCGGAGCCUUGGCUAUGUAGUAAGUACAGUAUCUCACUUAAGAAAUUUACUCGUUCUAUUCAUUUGUACGACAGAAGAGGCCAAACCGGCUAAGUCCAUCGACAUUCAGUUAUUUGACCCUCGUUUUGACAGUAGAUGAACUGCCCUCCGACCACCCAUCUUGUUCAGAUUCAAUCAGCAGCUAACAAAGCGUAGCUCCGGAUUCCAGAUAUACAAAGUCUUCAUAUAUCUUGACUCCAAUCGAUACCCCGUAAGAACAUUCGGCGACCUUUUCUUCCGCACUUACGGAAAGUGGGCAUCUCAUAUGUCCAAUAUCCUCCAAACACUUCAGCUCCUGAUGUCGGUGUCGAUCUUGAUUCUCUCCAACGGUCAAGCGAUUUCUCAAAUCUCCAAGGGGAACCUCUGUUUUAUAGCUUGUUUAAUCAUCUUUGCCAUUGCAGGGAUGCUAUUAGGUCAGAUACGAACCCUUCAGAGACUUGGAUGGUUCGCCAACUUGGCGGUCUGGAUCAAUAUACUUAUUAUGUUCAUUUGGUGAGUUUCUCUAUACCUUUAAGCUUAGUUUUUCAAUUUCUUAUAGUAACAAUUAUCUAGUAUGGGAGUAGUUGCUAACAAUGCACCAAACUUUACGGCCGUUGAAUCCUCGUUUGGUCCCGAAUUUGCAGAAGGGCCUAUCCACAAAUAUGCAGGAACUCCCCACGAUGGAGCGGCAACUGGUGGCAGUGGAUUUACGGCGUCUUGUAAUUGACCGUUCAUUUAUGUUGUGCUUGAGAAAACCUCGGCUAAUAAUAUUGUAGUAAAUGGUCUCAACCAAGCAAUCUAUUCGUAUGGAGGAGCCAUGCUUUUCCCUGCCUUCCUGGCUGAGAUGCGACACCCUUUCGACCUUUGGAAGGGUCUUCUACUGGCCGAUUUGUGCAUCUAUAUUGUUUACCUCUUCUUUGGACUUUUCGUCUACUCCUACCAAGGGCAAUACUCCUAUAACCCUGCCUUCCAAGGACUGUCUCCAUAUAACUGGCAAACAGCAUCAAAUAUCAUGUCAUCAAUCACUGGACUUAUCGCAGCCGUUCUGUAUGGAAACAUCGGCAUCAAAGUUGCUUACAUCGAAGUCUUUCAGGAGUUCUUCAACUUUCCGCCACUGACUACAAAGAAGGGAAAAAUAUACUGGUGCCUUUUAGUACCCAUUUACUGGGCUCUCGUAUUUGUAAUAUGUGCCUCUAUCCCGCAAUUUUCAUAUAUUGGUGGACUUGUUGGCGCUGUCUGUAUUUUGCAGUUUACGUAUACAUUCCCAGCAAUGCUAGGUUUCGGCUUUCAGAUUCGGAAAGAUGCAAUGUUACCAGAUCAGGAGUCAUUUGAUGCGACUACCAAGACAUACAAUUAUGUGGACCAGGGAUGGGGAAGAUUGAGGAGAGGGUUCAAAGUCAGAUGGCUGUUGAAUGGGUUUAACUUCUUUUAUUUCUUGGGGUCGUUGACUACAGCUGCUUUAGGGAUUUAUAGUAGUGCUGAAGGAUUGAAGGGUGCAUUUGAGGGAAAAAGUGUUGCAAGUAGCUGGGGCUGUAAGAGUCCCACUGGUUGAAUCACUGAUGAUGUUGCGGAAAUUGAAGGAGGAUGCUUUUCGAAUUUGGGUGUUUGUACAAGCUUCGUUGAUGUUGGGGAUGAGGUGAAAGAAGUCAUUUUACCACUACAAUAAUAUUGAAGGUGACUUAGCC